UUUGCCCAACCAAAGUACAAUGGCAGCUCCUCUCUACAGGCUGUUGAGAGAUAAUGUAACCUGGGAAUGGAAACAGUCAGAGCAAAGAGCGUUUAAAAAAUGCAAAGAUUUGCUGACGGACGAAAGCGUUCUAGUACAUUAUGAUCCAAGUCUUCCACUUACCUUAGCCUGCGAUUCGUCGGCAUAUGGAAUUGGAGCGGUUCUGCAACACCAUGCCCACUGGAGAGGAAUGUCCAGUGGCUUAUGCCUCACGAACUCUUGCGCCUGCUGAGAAAAAGUACUCUCAAAUUGAGAAAGAGGGACUGGCGCUCAUUUUUGGAGUUAAAAAGUUUCAUCAAUAUCUGUGGGGAAGGAAGUUCAAGAUGGUAACUGACCAUAAACCUCUGUUGACUUUGUUCGGAGAACAUAAAAGUCUACCCACCAUGGCAGCGGCCAGGAUUCAGAGGUGGGCGAUCAUUCUUUCAGCUUAUGAUUACCAUAUUGAGUACUGCCCUUCCGAGAAACACAGCAAUGCAGAUGGUCUUUCACGGGUUCCCUUACCUGACACGACGGAUGUAGGCACAGCGGCUGUGUCAGAGAAUAUUCAUGCUUUAAUCGCCGAGCAUUUUGAACAAGCUCCUCUGAAUGCAGAUCAGGUGGCACGUGUAACACGCCGAGACAAGGUGUUAUCCAAAGUCCUGAAGUAUGUAAUGGAGGGUUGGUCAAUGGAUGUGGACGAGAGUUUGAAAGCUUAUCACUCACGCAGAAAUGAAUUGUCUGCAGAAAGAGGAUGUGUGCUCUGGGGCACCAGAGUGAUAAUUCCGGAUAGACUGAGAAAAUUUGUGCUGAAAGAAGUGCAUGUGGGUCAUCCAGGGAUAGUUAAGAUGAAAGCUCUCACUCGCAAGUAUGUGUGGUGGCCUAAAGUAGAUGCAGAUCUGGAACAGGUUAGCAGAGCAUGUGAGUCGUGCCAAAUGGAACAAAAAGCACCACGUCAAGUUCCAUUACAACAUUGGGAAUUUCCGGGUCAAAGCUGGAAAAGACUACACAUAGACUUUGCCGGUCCUUUUCAGGGACACACAUUCAUGAUACUUGUGGAUGCGUAUUCAAAGUGGUUGGAGGUGUUCAAAAUGUCUAGCCUCACCUCACAAGCGACCAUCACAAGACUAAGGAGGUUGUUUGCAGCAUACGGACUGCCGGAACACAUUGUUACAGACAAUGGAACACAAUUUACGUCUGUGGAGUUCAAAAACUUCAUACAGCAAAAUGGUAUUCUCCAUUCAACGAGUGCUCCCGGUCAUCCUGCUACCAACGGUCUGGCAGAAAGGUCAGUCACCAGCGGAUCUUUUCCUUAACCGCCAUGUGUGCACUCGUCUGGAUUUUGUUCAUCCAGAUGUCGCUGUCACUGUUCGCAGGAAGCAGUAUCUGCAAAAGUUCUAUCAUGACCAACGAGCGGUGGAGAGGUCUUUUUCUGAAAAAGAUACGGUUUACCUUCGUAACACCACAGGAGGGAACAAAUGGGUUCCAGGUGUGAUCGUAAAGCAAACUGGGCCAGUGUCUUACAAAGUUCAGGGACGAGACGCUGAUGUCACUUUCAGGAGACAUGGUGAUCAGUUGAGACCCAGGUUUGUAGGGGAUGAACUUGUUAAAGAGACUGAUUGCUCAGAGAUGGACACUUCUUUUCAACCCAGUGAACCAGAAGAGGAGAAACAAGCAGUUUCUGAGUUUUCUCAAAGGGACUGUGGAGGGGUUACAGGGGUUACUCAGAGUCCACGUCGCUCUUCCAGAAUUAGAAAACCACCUAAACGUUUGGACUUGUAAUACAUGAAGCAGACACUCUUGCAAUAGCUACAGAUAAGACUGUUAUUGUCGUAAAUGUAGUCUGGCAUGUUACUGUUAUAAAAAAAAAAAUGGGUUGUUAUUAUGUUGUUAGUAGAAACAGUAAUAAUUUUGUUGUGGUUUGCUUUUUGCAGGUUCCGGUGAAGCUGAAUGUACCUUUUGUUUAAAAGGGGGGGUAAAUGUGAUGUAUUGAAUGCUUGCAAGUUUUGCAUUUGACACAGUAGAGAUUCCGUAGCUAAGGGGCGGGGUCUUUUUGGCAGGCGCUUGGCGCUGGGGUUUUGAAGAUUGAGUCAGUAAAGAGUGACCAGAGAAAUCAGCCAUGCGGUCUCACGUGUGUUAAUUCAAAUAGAUACAUCACAG